AUGGUGGGAAUGAUUGAAGCAAGUGCUGAGCACUUCACAACUGAUGUGCUCCCGCUCUAUCACGGUCCUUUCAUCAAAAUACGACUCCAACCAAGCGAAAGAGAAUAUACAGUUUCGAAGACCCUACUCUGCGCAAAGUCACCAGUCUUUUCGGCCAUGUUCCACCAUGGAUUUCGAGAGUACGAAGAGCAAACAGCAACACUGCAAGAAGAGGGAGGUAUUAUCUCUAUACGGAGUAUCCAAGCACUCAUUCAGUGGCUCUACACCAGGAUCAUCAAUUUUGAUAUCAGCGACAAGGAAGAGCAUGUUAUAGAGCUCGCAAGGCUUGCCGACAAGUACAGUAUUACCGGCAUCGAAUCCUAUGUGGCUCAAGAUAUCAGAGAUACCAUUCGCAGCCCAGACAGCACCUCCUGGCUCACAUCUGAGCACAUUAUCUCGGGGACCUUCUUGCCACGUGGACAUCCGGUGCGCCGUACAUUGGCUGCAGCUUGCGUCUAUGGGUUUCUGCAAUACAAGAACCACAAAUUUGCCCGGGAGGCUGAGGAUUAUCCUACCUCUGGAGCUGAUCUCCUCCGAGAGGUACAACUAGCCCUGAAUACAUCAAAUGAGCCCCACAGGGCUGUUACCUUCACAGAUCCUCUCGACGACGUAACAGUUCACCUUCGCAGGGCUUGA